GUUUGCAGCCUGUCGCUCCUGACGGAUCCAGACGGUUCCCAUGGAUGCUGAGCCCAAAAUUCAAGCGACUGGUGGCGCGGGAAGCGAGCUUUACCACCAAGAGCAAGGACUUGGUGCGAUUUCUUUUGACGGGCGGCAACUUGGAGGUCUCCAUCAAUGGUACCUUCGGCAAGACUCUUCAAGUACUUCGGGUCGAUGGUGAUCAUUCAGGUCGAGUGUCGGAUCAGGACGACUGGGUCGCUGUUGUGCCCGCGGCAUUUCUGAAAAUCAUUGAGAAGAUCUCACGAUUGGCCACUGUUGCGGAGGUGCCGGUCUUCAGUUUCCAUGGUUCCUGCGCUUCAGAGGCCUUUGCGCUGGUGCAGCUGCAAAGUCAUGGCCAGCUGCGAAUUUCCUGGGAGAGUGGCAGAUGUGAGAUGACCAGAUUGCCCAGUAAGCAUGCCCUUCCUCAGAUCGAAAAGAUUGCGCAGUGGCUGGCGAACAAGCAGUUCAUCCUUGCAGUCGAGGACACUUCUGCAAGCGAAGUUCACCUUCAAAGUCUCAAGGCCCUUGCAGACGUGGCGCACGGCGUAUCUCUGGCGGUGCCCCGCGGUGCCCAAGGCUACGCCUUGGCGCUGUGCUUGGCUCAGAUCUUGGAGCUUCAACGUCCACUGCUCUUGGUGGGCUCUGACCAGACCGCGACCCCGGCAGUUGCGAAGGCGUUCCAAGUGGCGCAGGCUUCAGGACCCCAUUGCGUUUGGGCGUGUCCUCCUGAUGCUGCGCAUGACGCCUUGGUCCUGCUGGAGGAGCUGCUGCAGGCAUAUCGCGCGGCCAGACCCUUCGUGCACAGCUUGAUUGGUGGCUUCGGGGUUUUGGAGGCCGACCUCAGAGAGGCGUUGGAGAGUGCGGUCGACUUCUUGCAGUCUGCUGAGGUCCUCCCUGUCGUGGCACCACCCGCAGCACCGCAUCGUCGUUGUGCCGCUCCAGCGACGCUGCGGACCGUGGGGUGCACUGCUGCGGCGCUGGUGAAGUUGGCACAGGAGCAAUUUGGCGACAUGUGGUUCCAAAAGGAGCCCCGGCAUGCUGAAGGAGAAUCUUUGAUCCUGUUGGACCUGUCAGAUCCAGCGGCUCUGCAGUUUCUGCGACAGCGUCAGGCACACCCUGAGGACGGAGAGAGUCCUCAUGUCUUGGCGCUCUUGCCGGGCAUGUCUGCAAGUCGAAGUGCUUGGAAGUUGGUAGCAGAACCCCUGGCCAUUCUGCUGGGUGCCGGAGAAGAGCUGCCCGGCCUGGGGCUGCUGAUUGGAAUGUGCCUGGGUGAUGCUGAAGGCCUGGAUGUUCGCGAUUGCGUCCUUCUGUUGGAGGCCCUGAUGACCGCCCCCUUGGCUUCAGCCGCCUUCCAGCUGCAGCCCUUUCCGCAGAUCCACCUGCUGUUGGCCGGUUGCCAGGACCUGCAUUCGGAAUCAUUUCCUGAAGUCCUUGGAAGUGAACUUGGCUUGGGAGAGGUGACCGCGUCCUUCAGUCUGUGGCCCACCUGCGAGCGCGGCCGGCUGCUGCCAGCGGAGUUGCUGCGAGCCACGCUGCCAGCGGCGGUGGCGCGGGGAGGAGCGGCCUAUGAAGCGGCGGUGGCCAGGGAGCCACGAGUAUGGCACUUGCUGCUUCAUGAGGAGAGAGAGGCCUUAGUGCUGAAACGUGCGGCCGGGGACUUCGCUGGCAGGGCUCAAGGGGCCUUUCAAUUUCGAGGAGGCGAUGGUCCUUCGGCCCACCUCUGGUCGUUGGCUUCGAAGCUGGAAGGCGAAGCUCAAGAUGAGACCCCCCUUGCAGAGGACGGCUCGGAGGGCUACAGCGAAGACUAUGAGGACGAAGAGCCACAUGGUGACCAAGAUGCUUCAAGCGAUGGGACUUGA